GGCGUCGCUGCAGGACCAGUUUGCACGACAAACUCACACGUCAUUAAAGAGAGAGCGCGAGAGGAUGUGCUGGGAUCACAGUCAGCGCUGUUGUCUCCAUUAAAAACACUGGAAAUGUGCAGGUUUAUCUGUCAUGGAUGCAAAUAUGAUACCAAAAUUUGCUUCAAAAGAUGAGGAAAUUGAUUUCUGGAAGGCUCUUUCACUGAAGUACAAGAAAAGUUAUAAGGAGGCACAGGAGGAGUUGUUGGAAUUCCAGGAGGGGAGCAGAGAGUUGGAGACAGAGCUGGAGACGCAGCUGGGCCAAGCGGAGUAUCGGAUCAGAGAUCUGCUGGCAGACAAUGAGAGACUGCACCACGAGCUCGACUCACUCAAGGAGAAGUUGGAGCAGCAUUAUUCUCAGAGCUAUAAGCAGAUCUCCAUCCUUGAGGACGACCUCAGCCAGACUCGAGGCAUCAAGGAGCAGCUGCACAAAUAUGUCAGAGAGCUAGAGCAGGCUAAUGACGACCUGGAGAGAGCAAAGAGAGCCACAAUUACGUCUCUGGAGGACUUUGAACAGAGACUAAACCAGGCCAUAGAGAGGAAUGCCUUUCUGGAGAGUGAACUGGAUGAGAAGGAGUCUCUCCUGGUGUCUGUGCAGAGACUAAAAGAUGAGGCCAGAGACUUGCGGCAAGAGCUUGCGGUACGAGAGAGGCAGCCAGAUGUAACGAGAAUGUCUGCCCCUAGCUCUCCGACUCCAGAUAAUGACAAAACAGACUCAGCUGUCCAGGCCUCUCUGUCCCUGCCUGCAACACCUCUCAGCAAGAACCUGGACAACGCUUUCACCAGCCAGACAGUUCUGGCCAACAGCUGCACUAAUGCAGCCCUCACUCCAUCUGCUAGAAUAUCAGCCCUCAAUAUUGUUGGUGAUUUACUGCGCAAAGUUGGGGCUUUAGAGUGUAAGCUCACAGCCUGUAGAAAUUUUGCCAAGGACCAGGCAGCCAGGAAGAACUAUGUCACAAAUGUCAACGGCAAUCUGAUUAAUGGAGAACUUACAAAUUACUCCCACUCGCUUCACACAUCCUACUUCGACAAAGCGACAGUGAAUGGAUUGGACCAUGGCACCAUGACGAACAUCACAGCCCCACCACAAUCCAGCUCUCCAUCCAGCCUUGUGCUCAGCGUGUGAUCACAGACCCUUCAUACUUAAAGGAAUAAUUCACCCAAACUUGAAUAUUGUCAUCAUUUUCUCACCCUCGUGUUGUUUCAAACCUGAAUGACUUUCUUUCUUCCAUGGAACACACAAGGAGAUAUUAGGCAAAAUGUUAGCAUCAAUCGCCAUUAACUUUCAUUGUUUGUUUGUUUUUU